GGUAAUCAGGAAGCCACAGCACCUCCUGACACAAUGGCACAGCCUUACGCCUCGGCUCAGUUUGCUCCUCCUCAGAACGGCAUCCCCGCAGAGUACACCGCGCCCCACCCUCAUCCGACUCCCGACUACACAGGCCAAACCACAGUUCCAGAGCACACAUUAAAUAUGUACCCACCUGCGCAGACGCACUCUGAACCAAACACAAGUGACACAAAUGCACAAACUGUGUCAGGCACAGCCACACAGACAGACGAUGCAGCACAGACCGAUGGACAGCAACAGACACAAUCUUCUGAAAACACAGAAAACAAAUCACAGCCGAAACGGCUGCAUGUCUCAAAUAUACCCUUCAGAUUCCGGGAUCCAGAUCUCAGACAAAUGUUUGGGCAAUUUGGUAAAAUCUUAGAUGUUGAAAUUAUUUUUAAUGAGCGAGGCUCAAAGGGAUUUGGUUUCGUUACUUUCGAAAAUAGUGCUGAUGCCGAAAGGGCGAGGGAGAAAUUACACGGCACCGUGGUAGAGGGCCGUAAAAUCGAGGUAAAUAAUGCGACAGCUCGAGUCAUGACAAAUAAGAAGACAGUUAACCCUUAUACGAAUGGUUGGAAAUUAAAUCCAGUGGUGGGUGCUGUCUAUAGUCCAGAAUUCUAUGCAGGCAGGGUGCUGCUGUGCCAGGCAAACCAAGAGGGAUCUCCCAUGUACAGUGCCCCCAGUUCACUAGUAUACACGUCCACAAUGCCGGGUUUCCCAUACCCUGCCGCUACUGCUGCCGCCGCGUACAGAGGAGCACAUCUCAGAGGCAGAGGCCGCACCGUCUACAACACAUUUCGUGCUGCAGCACCCCCUCCUCCCAUCCCGGCUUAUGGCGGUGUUGUUUACCAGGAUGGAUUUUAUGGUGCAGACAUUUAUGGUGGUUAUGCUGCGUACAGGUAUGCCCAGCCGACCACAGCAACCGCAGCUGCCUACAGUGACAGUUACGGACGACUUUAUGCUGCAGACCCCUACCACCACACACUUGCUCCAGCAACCACCUACGGCGUUGGUGCCGUGAAUGCUUUUGCACCCUUGACUGAUGCCAAGACUAGGAGCCAUGCUGAUGAUGUCGGUCUCGUUCUUUCUUCAUUGCAGGCUAGUAUAUACCGAGGGGGAUACAGCCGUUUUGCUCCAUACUAAAUGACAAAACCCAUAAAAACCCUUCCAAUGUGGGGGAAAAAAAGGAAGCUUUCCGAGGCCUGGGUAUUGCAAUACAUGCAAUAGUGCAUCAUUUUAGCAACUCUAAAAAUAAAAAAAAAUAAAAAAGAGGAAAAAAAUCUACAUUUUUUUAUCUUAUACCUCAGAUAUUUUGUUCUGUGUAUUUUAAUAUCGUGGGUCUUUUCAUUUCCGAACGUUGCAUAGUUCGAUUGCUGGCUGUAGAAGGUUAUUAUUAUUAAAUUAAAUUAUGAUUAAUUAUGAUUAAUUACUCUUAUUUUCAUUGUCGUGGUUGAACUAGAAAGCUGCUAGAAACUAAUUUAUAAAAUAAAAUAAAAUAAAAUCUGUUUGGGGGCCACAAUCAAGACUGCUAUAUCAUGUAAAUGAAUUAUAUAUGCUGAAUAUUAAGCUAUCAGGAUUCCUCACUUGUUUUGUAAGAGUGUUAAAGUGACAUCAGGGUCCCCCCUCCCUCCUGUGCAUCUAACAUUUAUUUUUGUUUUCAAAAGGGGAGGGAAAAGAGGAGAUUUGAGACGGUGGCGAUGGGGGUCCAACACGAUUAAAUCGUAAAGUGGGACCACCACUGCGCACCCAUCGUCCUAUAUCAGCUGUUUUAAAUUAUUCACUAUUUAUUC